UUUCAGUCAUGUCGUUUUCAAUUUUCGGUACAGCAAAAUGUCGGAGCAAAAUUUAUGGAAAGCCAGGAUUAAAAAGCAAAAAAAAAAUACCAGUACUGCCAGCUAACGAAAAACUGAGAAGGAAGGGUGAGUGAGGCUCGUUUGUUCAAUCCGUGUAUAAAGUUGCUUUGCUUGCUUGGAGUUUGGAGGGGAUUAAACAUAAACAAUGCCAUUUUAAAUUGGCCAUGCCAAAAGGCCAAUGAAUUACUACUUUGGGAUUGGAUUGAAUUGGAUUGGAUUGGAUUUACACAUGCCAUACAAAAAGAAAAACCGAAAAGGUCGAUUGCAUAUAUGUUUGUAUGUAGGUCCAUAAUUGCAGGUCUUUAGCCUCUUUCUAAAGCGAAAGCAAAACUGAACUUGAACCGAAAAUUGGGCGUUACUAAAGUGGCUAAACUUUGCUUUCGAAAGUUCAAACUAAUUUAGUGGGGGGCACUAUAAAAGCUGCAGACUGAACUCUGUUUAGACACAGUUCACAACCUACCGAAGCCUAGCUAAGAUCAACUCAUACAUUAGCAGCAGAACCAUGGCCCAGAUGUUUUUCACUGCCUUAGCCUUAGUAUCGGCCUUUGCAAUCCUGCAGGCAGCUCCCUUCCAUGGACAUGGUGGACAUGGUCAUGGCGGUGGUGCCACAAGUCAUGCCUCUGUGCAUUUGACUUCUCAUGACGAUCAUCAUCAUCAUGAGGAUCAUCACCAUCAUCAUGAUGAUCACCACGACUCUCAUGCCGAAUACGAUUUCAAGUAUGGAGUCAAGGAUCACAAAACUGGCGAUGUUAAGGCUCAGAGUGAAUCACGUCAUGGCGAUAAGGUUACUGGACACUAUGAGUUGAUUGAUGCCGAUGGCCAUAAGCGUACUGUUCACUACACUGCCGACAAGCACAAGGGUUUCGAAGCUCAGGUCCAUCGCGAGAAGGUCCAUCAUCAUUCCGCUCCCGAACACCAUCACCAGCAACACAGCGGCUAUGAGGGCGGACACGUUGACUUCGAGGAAUUCGCUACUCAUUCUGGACAUGGUCAUGAGGAUUACAGCCACCACGGUCACGGACAUGGUCAUGGUCACUCUCAUGGCAGCAGCUCAUCUGGCUACUCCUUGAAACAGGAACAUGGCCAUGGUCAUUCACAUGUUGCACAUGAGCACAGUUUUGAGCAUGGACACGGUUACCAUUAAGUUGCACCACCCAUUAAGAAUUGUUUUGAUUCCCUUGUUGCAUAUACCAAAAAAAAUGUUUCAGUUAUAAUUGUUACUAAACCAAAAA